UGCUGAUCAAAGUACUUUAAAGGACUUCCAUGUAAGCUGUUGGUAUUGUUUUGAGCAGUUCCUCACUUGGACAUUGAAGACAUGAAAACAAGGGCAGAGCUUGUUUUUGUCAAAACUGAUGUCAGUGGGAUGUUUGAAAUUACUUUAAAAAAGUACUUCAAGCCCCAAAGAAAGAGGAGGAAGAUCUUGGAGAACCCCCAGCCUAGAAGAAGAAAGCUUUGGCGUUAUAGGAUGAAGAUGAUAAAACAGGAGCUGUGCAGGAGUUGGCAUCAAGAGGUGGUUCAGGUAGAUGGAAGUCCAGAGAGAGCUCAGCCUCAAGAGGUGGUUCAGGAACACGUUCAGGUGGAUGAGAGCCCAGAAGAAAUUCAGCAAAUCUGCUCACCAGUACAGUUGGAGCAAGGAGACCAUCCCUCAGCAGUACAGCUACCACCCUCUGCUCAAGAGCUGCAGGGUGGGAAUGGUAUCCAUGUGCAUCCACAGAGGCAGCCAGUGCAAGAAGGCAUUGCCCCAAACAUGGGACCACAAGCAACAGAGUCAGGGUGGGAGCUCCCAAAAGUGACUGUCAAGGUGCAGCCCCAGAACAUGAGCCAGGGGUGGGAAGCCCCGGAGGUGACAGUGCAGGUGCAGCCUCAGAGGCCAAGCCCAAGAUGGGAAGCCCCAUCAGUGAUGGUGCAGGUGCAGUUACAGCAGCAGGGCCCAGGGCCAUCUCUCCCACAGGUAACUGUACAACUACAGCCCCAGGAGUGGGGACAAGGCACUGCUGGCAUCAAGGUCACUGUGCAGCUGCAGUUGGGCUGUGACCCAGAAGAGGUAACCUGCCUCCAGAACCAAGGUGAAGGAGUGUUAGAUAAUGGAGAACAGUGGACCCCCCCAAAAAAUCAGGGACAGAUGAUGAGAUCUGAAGGUGAGAGAGAGCUUGCUGUGGUGGAGCUGGUGCCACAGGGGUUUCUGAACCAAAAACAGGAUCAAGGAGGAGAAGUGGAAAAAGCCCCGCAGGAUCAGAGCCAAGGGGAAAGAGCAGAAGUGGUAGAGCUACAUGACAUGCAGGCUGGAGACAAAGCAGACCUGAAUGGGGUGGUGACAGAGGAACAGCUGCAGGACCAGAGCCAAGAGCAGGAACAGAUAAAAGCAAACCUGCCUCUGCAAAAGGAAGGCCAAAAAAGUACAGCAGUGAGACAGGAGCAUGGUAAUUUCCAAGAAGGGCCCAGGGGGAUUGUAGAAGACCAGAAGGAAGACCUAGCACAAGAACAGUCUAAGAAACGUCCAAGAGAGUCUCCAAAUUAUUUUGUUGCUAUUCCAAUAACAGAUGAUCAGAUUUUGGACAGAAUUGAAGAUAUUCAAGAACUCAUAUUCUCUAAAGAACCUGACCUGUUAAGAGCUCUUCUUCCUAUUCAAACUAUGCACCUUACUAUAAUAGUAGCUCAUCUGGGAACAGAAGAAGAAGUGAAAAAGGCUGUUCUGGCACUGAAGCAAAGCAAGACUAAAGUGGAAGACAUCUUGCAGGGUAAAGACCUUAAUUUGACAUUCCAUGGGAUUGGAGAGUUUAAUAACCAAGUGCUAUAUGUGAAAAUGUUGGAGGAAGACCAGAAAAUGCUUAACAGAAUUGCAGAAGCUGUGGAAGAAUGCUUUAUUGAAAUGAAUCUCGACAUUUCAGGAAGUAAGGACUUCAAGCCACAUCUGACUUUCCUGAAGCUCUCUAAAGCAUCAAGGCUGAGAAGAAGAGGCUUCAGGAAAAUUUGUAUGGAUCUGUAUAAGGAAUAUGAAGACAGCCACUUCGGCACAGAGGUAUUCAGUCGAAUUGAUCUCUGUGCCAUGCGUAAGAAGAAGCAGGAAUCUGGUUACUAUUACUGUGAGUGUUCAAUCAAUGUGGGCUCCAGCAGUAAGGAAGAGAGUAAAGAGCAAGAAAUGCAGACAGAAGAUGUGGGAGAAGCAAGCAGUGAAGACCUCUCAAGCAAUACAGCAAAGGCUGAAAUAGGAGCAACUGCUGCAAGCUGUAAGCUUGCCUCAACAGCAGUAGCUGAUGAUAAACCAUCUGAAAAUGCUGCUGAGGCCUCAAUUGCAAGUAAAGAAAAAGAAAUCAAUGAGGCAAAGGGACAGGCUGAAGCUGCAGAUGGGACUUUUCCUACAGCUGGAGAUAUGUGCUCAAAGUCAGCACUUGGUCUGCUGCCAGUAAGUUCAGAUGUGUUGAAAUGCUUGAAAAUGGAACAAGAAAAAGCAAAGACAACAGAUGGUGGUUUGCAAAAAAUCGAAGCAACAGAAUAUGCUGAACCUGGACAGACAAGUUUGGGAUAAAGUUGUUGCAGUCCUUGGUGAACUUGGUGAGGGUGGAGAAGACAAACAGGUACAGUAGGGCAAAGGUCAGAGGGGCGGGUUUGGUGAAUUCAUUUUUUUCAGGAAACAAUCUUAUUCAAAGUCUGAUGAAAACAAGUAGAGCAAAAUCUGAGGGGAACAUCAUUGAAUAUUGUAAUGGUUAAAUGCCUAGCUCAAAACCUAUACCAUCAGUGUGUUUGAGCAUGUGUACUGCAAAGACAAGUGAGCCGUGGUUGGUUUAGAGAAUCAGACACUUCAGCAGCCACAAGUGCUGUUGCCAGACACAUUUGGUGCCCAAAUGCACACUGCUACCUUGGUUGAGCUUCCUUCUGCCCUGCUUCACCCCCUGCCCUGGGCCUGCACCCUCAACUUUUCUCCUUUGCCUACCUGCCUUCUCCUCUCUGAUUACUGCCUAAAGACACCUCUUCUUGCUUAAUGCCUACAGCUGCUCUCAUUUGGGACUCCAAGCCAUGAUUGCAACACGGUCUUUCAUUGCAUGUCUGGAACAGGGAGAUGGUGUUAGUUGCUAACACACUAUUGUGAAGUACAUGCUUUCCUUUGACACCUAGUAAAUAGUUAAUGAGAAUUAUUUUGCCUGACUUAUUGAAAUUGUUUUUUUGGAAGAAAAUGGGCUAUAGCACUAAAUACUUACAUUUGUUUUCCUCUUCCUCUCCUUUUCUUUAUCUAACGAAAUGUCUUUAUAAAAUGCCCUGAGGAGGAUACAAGGGCCAAGAGCGCUUUUCUAAAGCGAAGUUUUGGCUGGGGCUGACGUUUCCUGGCUUUGCCCUUUGCUGGCCGAGGCCCGAGCAGAGCUGUGCCCGCUGCCCUUCCGGCCCAGGGGUGGCGUUCCCGGCGGAGCCUGGCGGCACCAGCAGAUGGCACCGCUGGAGAGCCAGAUGCUCGG